AUGGAACUCUACAAGAAUAGUUACCUAAUUUUUGCAAUAACCUUAACCUUUGCCAUCUCAAAUCCCAGCGUCCAUGCAACCGAAGCAGCUGGUUUCAGCAUUGAUCUGAUUCACAGAGACUCCUUACAAUCCCCCUCCCUCCUUUCACCCUUCGACCGCGUAGAAGCUGCGUUGCAACGAUCAUUCAACCGCUCCAAAACCCUAAUAAUCCCUUCAGAUCAUCACUCCCCACAAUCAGCCUCCACCGAGAUUGUCCCCGAUACCGGCGAAUACCUUAUGCGGUUCGCCAUCGGCACCCCCAAAGUUGAAACCCUAGCCGUUGUGGACACCGGGAGCGACCUCACAUGGAUACAAUGCGUCCCCUGCAAGGGCUGCAACAAGAAAAAUUCCCCACUCUUCAACCCGACCCGCUCCUCCACCUACAAAUCAGUUCCCUGCCGCUCCGAUAUAUGCAAUGUCGUCAAGAACACCAACUGCGAAGGAACCAACGGCGGCUGCGGCUUCGUACUCAGGUACGCUGACAACUCUGUCAGCAUCGGUGACUUAGCCCUCGAAACCCUCUCGUUUGGUCAGAGCGCGCCGUUCUCCUAUAUGGUUGUAGGGUGCAGCCACAUGACCAGGGGAAGUUUCAGCCCCUCCACAUCGGGGAUCGUCGGCCUCGGUGGCGGGAGGGAGUCUUUGGUGCGGCAGAUGGGGCCUUCAAUCGGCGGGAGAUUCUCUUACUGCCUACAGGUUCCGUCGUCGUCGGGGAAGAAGGCGAGUAAGAUGCACUUCGGCGACCGCGCCGUGGUUUCCGGCGCCGGAGCUGUAACAACGCCGAUCGUUCUGAAAAAUACCGGCAGCUUAUACUACCUGACGCUGCUGGGGAUGAGCGUCGGAAACAAGAGGUUCAAUUUGGAAUCAUCGAUGUCGAUAUUGGGAGGAAACAUCGUGAUCGACUCGGGGACGACGCUGACGUUCCUCCCGAGGGACGUGUACAGUAAAGUCGAGGUGGAGUUGAAGCGUCGGGUGAGCCUGAAGCAGAUCGACGAUCCGCAUAAGGCGAUGAAGUUGUGCUACGAUGUUACUAAUGCGAAGGAUGUUGAUGCGAAGAUUCCGGAAAUCACGGUGCAUUUCAAAGGGGCGGAUGUGAAGUUGAAGCGACACAACGCUUUUAUAAUGACGGUGAAGAAGUCUUUUAUAAUGGCGAGCAAGAAGGUUAUGUGCCUUGCAUUUGCGCCGGCGGAUGUUGUGCCGAUUUAUGGGAAUAUAGCGCAGAUGAAUUUCUUGGUCGGGUAUGAUUUGGUGAGGAAGACGGUGUCUUUCGAGCCUACUGAUUGCACCACUCCCAUAUACUAG